GACAGCUAAAUUUUGACAGUUGCAGCCUACAAAUUUCAAGUUUCUACCAAAACAAAAACAAGUAUUUUGGCGGCACCAAAUUUUUCAUGUAAUUCACGAUUCCCGUUUAUAAUUUCCAUUGCAGUUCACACUAGUUUGACUGGAAAACCUGAGAAUGCCGGAAGAAUCGCAAGUGCGCGCGUUUUACUCCGGUAAAAACAUAUUUAUAACCGGCGGGACUGGCUUUGUGGGAAUAUGCCUGAUCGAGAAGAUCCUCCGGGCAAUCCCCGAUGUCGGCAAGGUGUACCUGCUGAUGCGGCCCAAGAAGGGCAAGGAGAUCUCGCAGAGGCUCGAGGAAUUCCCCAAAAAUCCCGUCUUCGAAAAACUUCUAGAAACAAACUCAACAGACAUAUUCAACAAGCUAGUCCCGGUAGCCGGAGAUGUGGGUGAGGACAACCUCGGGCUCAGCGCGGCCGACCGACAGACACUCGUGGACAAUGUGAAUGUGGUCAUCCACUCCGCUGCCACACUCGACUUUCAGGAGAACCUUCGGCCAACGGUCAAGAUCAACCUGUUGGGCACGAGACGGAUUGUGGAAUUGUGCAAGCAGAUUAAGAAUUUAAAAGUGCUAGUCCACGUCUCCUCAGCCUAUGUGAACUCAUACCUGACAGAAGCCCACGAGCAGGUGUACGAGGCUCCCGAGGACGCAGACAAGGUGGUCUCACUGGUGGAGACGCUGACCGAUGAGGCGUUGCAGGAGGUCGAGCCCAAGCUCCUGAAGACGCACCCCAACACCUACACGUUCACGAAGCACCUCGCUGAACACGAGGUGGCGAAGGUGGCCAAUGACUUCCCCUGCACUAUUGUGAGGCCUACCAUGAUCGUAGCGUCUUGGAAGGAGCCAGUGGCCGGUUGGACCUGCUCCAAAGUAGGGCCUCAAGGAUUCCUUAUGGGAGCGGCUAAAGGCGUAGUCCGUCGACUGCCUCUAGCUCCGGACAACAUCGCCGACUACAUCCCUGUUGACGUGGUGGUCAACCAACUGUUGGUGGCUGGCUGGAACGCCGCUACUACCAAGGGCGGUCUGACAGUGUACCACUGCUCAACCUCCACUCAGAAGCCGUUCACGUGGGCGUCCAUCGAGACGCAGGUCAACGGCUUCCUGCACAAGUACCCGCUCAAGAGCGCCGUCUGGUACCCGCACCUCAAGUUCGUGAACUCGCUCUGGCUGUUCAAGCUGUCGGCCGUCUUUGUGCACUUCUUGCCGGCGGUGCUGCUGGAUAUGAUGCUGAGGGUCACUGGGGGGCGCGCCAUCCUCGUCCGCCUCCACAAGAACGUGUGGAACUCUCUGAACCGCCUGGAAAAGUUCAUCUUCAGCGAGUGGAGGUUCCACAACCCCCACACUAGGGAGCUGGCUGCCAAGAUGAAUGAAACAGAUAGUGGACUGUUCUAUAUCGACAUCUCUAAAUUGCAAUGGGAGCCAUUUUUCGUGAACCUGCAUCUGGGCGUGCGGCGCUACCUCAACAACGAGAAGGAGAAGACGCUGGAGGCUGCCAGAGGGAAGGACACCAUCCUGCUAGUAGCCCACGUGGCGUGGCAGAUCGGCGUCAUCUGGCUGCUCUGGUUCCUCUCCGCCUCCCUCACCGGCCUCACCAUGACCCAGAGCGCUUGGGCCGCACCGCUCAUCUACAUCCUGUAUAGCUGCCUGUAGAUGUACACCCUGUAUAACUGCUUGUAGAUGUACACCCUGUAUAGCUGUUUGUAGUGGCGAUAUACAGAGUGUUAACGAAAAGACAUACAAAUAGUGGUAUUUUGUUGAACGACUUUUGGGAAUUCGUGUCACAAAAGUCACUAUUGGCUGAAAUAUUUAAUAUUUAUUCUAUAACUCACUAUGCAAUGCAGUCAAUAUGGUCUAAGUCUUUAAAUACUUGCAGUAUCUUUUGAUGAAUUAAAAUCACUUGUUAUGACCUACCACUUGUUAGGAAAAGAAAAUAGAAUUUGUAUAAGUAAUUAUAUUUUUUAUCCUUGUUUCCCUGAAGUUCAUAUAAGCACUUUUAUAUCACCAUAAGUAAGAACAAAAAUGAAUCUUAUUUUAUAGUAAUUUUACAUCAUUCCUUUUUAUGUACCUACAUAUUUAUAGUUUAUUAAGUAACUUACGAUUCCUAAUACCAUUGCCAGAUAAAAUAGUAAAAGUACAGACGUCUAAAUAAUUAUGUCCUUCUCAUUCAGAAUAAAACUAAAAAAGUUAUAGACUAAUCCGUCCAAAUUUUGCUCUAAGAAGUUAUUUGAUAAGUAAAAAUGAAUGUGUAUGUAAAAUCUCAACUUUUCCCCUUUAAUUAUAGACGUAGACUAAAAAUAGUUCUAUAGAAGUCUAAAGCUGGUCUGGAUUAAACCAGAACUAUUUUGAGUCUUCUCUAUAUAAUAAGGGGGUAGGUGGUUACCUAUUUGUAGGUAUUAGUUAAGUAAUACUUUGUGAUGGUUAUAUGGCCUGGUAAGCUUAUUUUGUACUGUACUGACAUUUUUAUUGAUGAUAAUAAAGUAAAUUAUUAUUGUU